AUGAGUUCUGAGCACAGUUUUGUGUUUAGCGCACAGGCAGAUUUUGAAAAGGUUUUCAAGAUUACAUUGAACAAUCCAAAUGAAUUUGCAUCCUUGUUGACUACUACUGGACGCACUACAGUCAAGUUUGUUUUGAAUUGCCCCAUUGUAUUUCUGGUAUCACGUGAACUGAAUGAAUUUGAACCCCCAGAGAAGAGAGAAGAAGGAGAGCUGCAAGCGGAUGUGAAUGUGACGAGAAUCCCGCAAUGUUGUCGUACAGCUCCGAGACCUUCAUGGGCAAGAAAUUGGAAUGGUUUGAACCCGUAUGCCAGAAAACCAGAAACUCCAGAGAAUCCACAAGCGUCAAAUGAAACAAAGAGGCAAUCUGAAUCGAAACCAGUUGUAAAUGUUGAAAGUGAUGAUGAUACUGCAAAUGAGAACGAGAAUCCAUGGCUCAAACCCACUGUUUUCAGCAGAAGAGAAGGUAUUCAUCAGCGGAACUCUUCAAUUGGUGUUGGAAGAAGAGAUAAAGAAGUAACUGGAAGAAGAUCCGUUGUGCAAACUGUUUCGGGUUUAAAAAGUGUUAGAGCAACGAUGAGUGCCAUACAACAGUUGAUUACUUCUCCAGUUCCACCACCAGUUCCACCGGUUUCAUUAACUCAGUCACUUGCUCAAUCCCUGCUUGUUGUUCAAUCCCUACCUGUCGUCCCACUCCACCCUAUUGUCCAGCCCCUGCCUAUUGUCCAGCCCCUGCCUAUUGUCCAGCCCCUGCCUAUUGUCCAGCCCCUGCCUAUUGUCCAGCCCCUGUCAAACACACUGAUUCCUGAUAUCCCCGUCAAUCAUUCCAAGCCAGUUUCGAAGUUGAAGACUUGGUUCAGACGGAAGGUCCUGAAGAUGAAAAGAACGGUUUCCAAGGUCAAAUUGAGAAAAAAACCAGCGGAACCAGUUACCUGUGAGGAACUGCCAGAAGAGGAACCAAUGUAUUCGGUUGGUGUUGCCAAUAGGAAUCCUUAUGAAAACAUGAUUGUGUAUCCAAGGUACAAUCCGUACAGUACCGAGAGAAUUUUACAGGAGUACUCUAGUGAACCACUUGGACCAAUCAUUGACAAUCGACCCGACACUAGUGAAUUCCAAUUUUGA